UAGGAACACAUUUUUAUAACAAGCAGGUACGAUUAUAAAAUAGGCACGACUUUAACAUUUUUUAAUAAUUAUUUUUUUGUGGCAAUUUAUAUUUACAAGUUAAAGAUAUGCAACCGAUUUUGAAUAAUAAAAAACCAGUUUUAAAAGGUUAUUAGGUAAUGUAUUACAGAUUGAGUAGUUCUUUAAAAUUAUGCCGUACGAAGAAGACGAUUUUAGGAGAUGCAAAAAACUAUGUGGAAGAAAAUACAGGAAAAACAUCCAAGUAGGUAUAAAUUUUUGAAAUANAAACGAUAUAUUAUAUCAAUUUUAGCAUUUUUCGGAUUUUUUAAUGUAUUUGCCUUACGGUCAAUUUUAAGUAUCGCUAUAGUAGAUAUGACAACAUUAAAAAAUGUUACAUGGAGAAUCAAACUGUUGUUGAAAAACGAGAGUUUGAAUGGGAUUCAACAUUAAAAGGUUAUGUUUUAAGUUCAUUUUUCUAUGGAUAUAUUUUGUACACAAAUUUUGGGUGGCUAUUUGUCUGUAAAAUUUGGAGGUGCUAAAGUUUACGGAGCUGGAAUAGCCUCUACUGCGUUUUUCACCCUACUUACGCCCUGGGUUGCAAAAACAAAUAUUUACCUUUUAAUAGCUCUAAGAACAGCAGAAGGAAUUUUUGAGGGGGUAAAUUAUCCAUCAAUAUUAAUGAUUUGGGCAAAUUGGGCACCUCCACUAGAAAUAUCUCGAUUAUCAACCAUUGCCAUGUCUGGUACUUAUGUUGGAACUGUUGUAGCGAUGCCAGUAAGCUCUAUAUUAGCAACAGCUUUUGGAUGGGAAACACAAAAAAUGAGUAGCAGAGGUAGGCAGAUGGUAGAGAUGGUACUUGACCAGGCUUCUUCAACAUCAAAUCAUGUGAUCGCCAGAGAUAGAGAUGUUUAUGACAUUGCGAAAAACAAUGUUAAUGGUAUGGAGUUAGAAAAUAGUAUUCAUGUGGAAUAUCAGUCGGUCGAUGCUUUGGAGAAAGUCGAACAUGAAUCAGUAGAAAUUACUGAAAACGUAUACGAACCAUUUCAGGAUUCUGGUUAUGAAUACAUUCCAUCUGAAGAAGAGAAUAAUAGUCGGAAUAAUAUGUCAAUAGUUGAAACUUCUGAUGAAGAAGGUCGUAAUCAGCAACUAGUAGAUGAAGAGCACGGACUUGUUGAGGGAAGAAAAAGAUCUAGAAAGAGCAAAGGGCAGGGAGAUCCUGCUAAUUGGAAGCGAGCCAAAAAUUCUAGUGCCCGACUAAAGGGUGAUGCUUACAUUGGAUUCAAGAGAGAUGCAUCUGGAAAAUACAAACAAAUAGUAGAAAAAGAAAAACGUAAACUCGGACAAAGAUGUGAUGGUCACACAAGAACUGCUUCAAGAGGACCAAGACAAAAAUUUGAAUGCACAGCCCUAUCUGAGGAAGAACGGAAAUCAAUUUUCAAUCACUUUUGGUCCUUGAAUUCAUGGGAAGCUAAAAAAGUUCUUGUAUCAACUCUUGUAUCAUACACCAAACCAAAAUGUAGACGUAAAUCAACUUUACCUGAAGAAUCACGUAAGCAGAUAGGUUUCCAAUAUCAUCUUAUUACGGUGGGCGAAACGGAAAAGCUUAAGCGACUGGUCUGCAAAAAAAUGUUUUUGGCAACUUUAGGAAUUAAAGAAAAAACUGUUAGACUUUGGAGGCUUGAGAAUGGUACCUGCAGUACAAAAGAGCAGAAUAAAGAAGCCCCACCUCCAAUGCAAGAAUGCUCAAAAAACGUUCGCGAGUUUCUAGACAGUUUACCAAGGGUUGAGUCGCAUUAUUGCAGAGCCUCUUCCAAGAAACUUUAUUUGGAACCAAUAUGGAAUAGUUACAGACAUCUAUAUCGGGAGCUUCUUCAUAACUGUGAAGUCAACCAAAAACGAUCGUGUUCUUGGAGAACAUUUUUAAAAACAUUUAGGUCUAUGAACUUGGAAAUACACACACCUAAAAUGGAUCAGUGUAAUUCUUGUUUAAUGUACAAAAAUGUAAAUCUGCGAACGUCAGUAUACGAAAAGCACAUUAAGAGAAAAGACGAAGCUCGUAAAGAAAAAACUAAAGACAAACAAAGUGCAGCUGAAAAAAACACAUACGUUUACACUGUUGAUCUUCAAGCUGUUUUAGUAUGUCCACGCUUAUUGGCAUCGGCUAUUUAUUACAAGACGAAAUUGAAAGUGCACAAUCUAACUUUCUAUAAUAUGAAGAAUAAAGACGUUACUUGCUAUCUAUGGCACGAAUCUAGCGGUGGCUUAGAAAGCGAUGUAUUUACAUCUAUUAUGGUAAAGUUUCUCAAAAAUGAAAUACAAACGCACCAGCCUUCCCGUGUUGUUUUAUGGAGUGAUGGUUGCUGCUAUCAAAAUAGAAAUACUAAGUUAUCUAAUGGUUUUCUGGAAUUAGCUACUGCAGAAAAUGUUACCAUAGAGCAAAAAUAUUUAGAAGUCGGCCACACGCAGAUGGAGGUUGACUCCAUUCACAGUGCCAUAGAGAGGAAACUACGCAAAGGGCGAGAAAUUUGUGUCCCAGCUGACUACGUUCACAUUAUAAAGUCGGCCAGACAGAAUCCCUCUCCUUAUAAAGUGAUUCAGCUUACAUACCGUGAUUUUGAUAAGCGUCCUGAAGGACUUUAUAUAAGUUUACGCCCAGGAUCUAAGAAGGGUGAUCCGUGUGUUACAGACAUUUGUGCUUUACAACAUAAACCUGAGGGUAUAAAAAAUUAUAAAUUUAAUUUCGAUGAAACCUGGCAAGAAAUUCCUAGGCGGCCAAAAAGAAACUCAUCAAAGUCUGUACCACCUUAUUCUCCUUUGUAUAAUGCACCGUGUCCUAUUGAGUUGACUAAAUUUAUUCACCUCCAAGAGUUAAAAUCUCUAAUUUCAGAUGACUACCAUGAAUUUUACAACAAGCUUAGUCAUAACUGUGGAUCUGACGAGUGCACUCAUAUUCGUGCUAUAGCUAAGCCUAAAGAAGGUCCCUCUGUCAUAGGGAAUCAAUCUGAAGAUGGUGAAAGCUGUUCUCUAUAA